AUGAAUCCACACAUGGCCGAAGACAUCACAGUAUUGCAGCAAUACCUGACCUCAAAUACGACUGCACGGCGAGCACCAUCUAAGCUCUACAGUACCAUAUCAACUGGCCCUGGAGGUGGUCCAGUCGUCUACCUGACGGUCCCGAAGAGACGCAGGGGUCUGAGAAACGCCAUGGACUCGGGUAGAGCGCAGAGGGAGGUCAUUGAGAAUGUCCUUGGCCCAUUUGCUUCUGAGGUACGAAAGGUCUACUUCGAACACCUACAUCCGUCUUUUCCAGUGUUGGACGAAAAGACAUUCUCAGAUAUGUGGCAUGAAGACAGCGAUCGUAUUUCAUCCACAAUCGUUUGUGAUCUGUACGCUUCCGCUUUACGGGUCUGGAGCCGGUCAGCCGUACUCUACAACCAGCCAAGGCCUGAUCCUCACUUCAUUUGGAAUCAAGCGGUCACUGCCCUCCAGGAUGACUUCAUGGCCCCAACCAUAUCAACUGUUCACGCAGCCGUUCUAGAUCUGCUAGGACGUCCUGUCAUUGGAGUUACAGGCAACAUUGUCAAUGCUGGCAGGAUCGUUACUCUCGCCCAGAGCCUAGGUCUGCACCGGGACCCUUCAUCAUGGAAAAUCACAAGCCACGAGAAGAGCGUGCGGAUCAACCUUUGGUGGGGUGUUCUCAUCCACGACUAUUGGUCCAGCAUCGGUCACGGCAUACCGCCCGCUAUUAAUCCUCAAUACUAUGAUGUACCUGUCCCUACCUUUGGCAAUACAGCAGGCUCAGACGAUCAAGCUCAAGCCAACAUGCGGGACAAUUCAACGUUUGUGCAGUUGUGUAAACUGAGCCAGAUUCUUGGCGACAUCCUUCCACUUAUCAAGCGGCGACUUCGAAAGACUGAUUCUACGACACCAUGCGCUGUCAACGGGUGUAACAACCUUUGGUUUGCUUGUUUGUCCCUGAAGGUCCUUGUAUGCCGAUUAUCUUUCAAAGCAGUUUUGGAAGAAGCCAGCAAAUCAUUCGAAGCCCGCCAAUAUCAUCUUGCUAUGCUCAGAGAUGCUGCUUCAGAGGUGGUGGACUCCGUCGUAUCUCUCACCGAGGCUCAGCUGCAGGAAUUCUGGAUGCCAUACACCUCCUACCUGCUGGUCACAUCAGCCACCAUUCUACUCAGGUGUACGAUCAAAAGCAAUGAUCUCGUCACCAAGAAAACAUGUGUGGCGAAGCUAUGGGGCCUUGCAGACUUCUGCCUUGAGAGGUGUAAUGAGCCUAUUCAGAAGGUUGCAGAUGCUAUUGGUAUGCGCUCACUUCACCCCUCAGCAGUGACACCGUUCGAUGAAGCGACUGUGUCGCCCUCUAGGGAAUCUGAUUUGAGGCCCAAUGACUCAGUAUUCAUGAGUGAUCUGUUUCUCCCAAUAGACUCACUCGAUUACCCCUGGGAAACAUUGUGGGAUGGCAUCGAAGGGCCAUGGUCUAUACAGCUAUAA